GUUCUGCGUUUUAGUAAACAACAUGGCGCGUCAUGGACUCAGUUGGACUUGAGACGUUGCAGUUGACAGCGGAAAUUAUACGGAGAUAACACACAUAUUCACAAUAAUCAGCAGCAAAUCAGAUGCUUCGCCGUUAACAUUGGACCACAGCUGAAAACCAGAUAAACGACAGAAGUGUGAAAAGGUAAAAAAAAAAAAAAUAGACUGUAACUAGCCUUUGUAAACAAGAAGACGGCAUUGCUAGCGUACUGCUAAUAAACAAGCAAACAACCGGAAGCGUAAACGUCAGUGAUCAAGAAGAAACAGCCCUGCGGUGCUCGGUCUAUGGGCUCCCAGUCCAGUUCUGGCAUGUCCGGUCGCGGCUCAAGCGGAAACCCGGACCAGUCAGAACCAGAAUCGAACCAAAACCAGGCUACCACCCCGAGGAGCCGCAGGGGAACCGAGAGAGCAUCGGGAACCGAGAGAGCAUCGGCAUCCGAGGAGGACGUUGAUCUAGCACAAGUACUGGCGUACCUACUGAGAAGGGGCCAGGUGAGGCUGGUCCAUGGCAGCGGGGCGACGGGAUUACAGCUCGUCCAGUCUAUCUCCGACUCGGAUGAAGACAGCGACGGAGCAUGGGAAGGACGGCUAGGACAUCGCUAUGAUCCUCCUGUGGAUUUGAACCCAGACACCCAGGAGCUGGACCGCAGCGAGAUCCGCACUCAGAUCCUAUUAGCCACAGCGUCCUCACGCCUGAACAGCAAGCACAGCUUCACACACAUGCUUAAUCAGCGGGAGCAGGGUCGCUGCCAUGGAUCCAGUUUCUCUCACGGGGAAUGCAGCCGUAUUCGCUCACAUUUCCUGCCCAACUACGUGGCCCACAAAGACACUUAUCAGCAGAAAGCAUUUUGUGGAGUGUACAGCGAAGAUGGAAACCUCUUCCUCUCUGCAUGCCAAGAUCAGAAUAUUCGGCUGUACGACACCAGCCGGGGCAGAUUCCACCUGAAGCGCACGGUGAAGGCCCGAGAUGUGGGCUGGAGUGUGUUAGACGUGUGUUUCACGCCUGAUUCACGCUCGGUUCUCUACUCCAGCUGGUCUGAUUACAUCCAUGUUUGCAGUAUAGAUGGCGAGAGUGAAACACACACCGCUCUGGACCUCAAUCCAGAGGAAAGAAGGUUCUGCGUGUUCUCGCUUGCAGCAUCCACAGACAGCAGAGAGGUUCUGGGCGGAGCCAAUGAUGGCUGUCUCUAUGUAUUCGACCGUGAGCUCAACAAAAGAACUCUGAAAAUCGACGCCCACGAGGACGACGUGAAUGCCGUGGCAUUUGCCGAUGUCUCGUCUCAGCUGCUUUUCUCAGGCAGUGAUGAUGCGCUGUGUAAAGUCUGGGACAGACGCACACUAAGAGAACACUCACCUCAACCAGUAGGGGUGCUGGCAGGUCACAGAGACGGAAUCACCUUCAUACAUAGCAAGGAUGAUGCUCGGUAUCUGAUCAGUAAUUCAAAGGAUCAGACAAUUAAGCUAUGGGAUGUGAGGAAGUUUUCUCCUAAAGAAGGCCUUGCCGCAUCACGGCUCGCCGUCACACAGCAGAACUGGGACUACCGCUGGCAGCAGGUCCCACAGAGAGCUUUGAAGAGGCACAAACUGACAGGUGACACGUCAGUGAUGACGUACCGAGGUCACGGCGUUCUUCACACGCUCAUCCGCUGCCGUUUCUCCCCCGAGUUCAGCACAGGACAGAAGUUUAUCUACAGCGGCUGCUCGACUGGAAAAAUCAUCAUUUACGAUGUUCUGACGGGCCGUGUCGUGUCCAGACUGACGGGUCACGAUGCGUGUGUGAGAGACGUCAGCUGGCACCCAUACCAGGAUAACAUCAUCAGCAGCUCUUGGGAUGGUGCAAUCCGCUUGUGGGAGCACAGACACACUAACCUGCUGGACACUGAGAGAGAACGAGCGAGUGAGUGGAGGCCGGAAGAGAAGGCGGAGGAGAAGUGAACUGGCCGAGACGUGUGUGUGUGUGUGUGUGUGUGUGUGUGAUUCUGAAAUUAUGUAGGUUACGUUUUCCUGCUGGCCAAAAGAAUAAAACUGCACAAAAAAAAAAACCAACAACAGGGCGACACGCAAACUCAGUAAUGUUUAUUACGCGCACUAUAGAUCUUUGUUUCUUAUGUUGAAGCUCGGACUUUCAAAUGCUGUUAAAACCUUAUACUCAGAUGGUAAAGUUUGACACAGCGACAUUAUUUACAUCCCACACAGUAAAAAUAGUGAUAAAAAAUAAUGAUGAUUUAUUAUGUUAUUGCUUAUUGUCUCCACAUAAGCGAAUACACAGCUUUAAAAAAAACAAAAAAACAAAACAAAUGACGGCUGUGUUAAAGCUGAAUAAUCUAAAACAUGGUAAUAGUGUUAAUGUUGAUGAUAAAGGGAUGUGUUAUUACAGAGUGUAACAUGAAAGAGUGACGAUUAGAACUGUGUGUGUGUGUGUGUGUGUGUGUGUGUUUGUGUGUGUAUGAGAGAGCGAAUGGGUGUCUGAAUAUGUCACUGAUAUUUGUUCUCGCAUCUCUCCAGACUGCAUUUGUAAAUUAUUAACAAAGUUAAUUAAAAUCCUUUUUCAAUCUUGA